AACUUGAUACCUACUCUACUACUGUUCCGUUUCUCAUCAGAUGAUAGAGAUGGACAAGCAUUAGAUUCAUUUGAGACCGUUGUUAUGAUGCCCCCACCUGUUACUUUUAGUACUCUUUCCCUUUUUGUUUCUUCCAUCUAAAACAAUAAAGGCAAUCACUCAUCCUGCUCAAUUACUCACAUAGAUUUCUUUUCCAAAGAGAAUCUUUUAUAUAUAAAGUUUCUUGAUUCAGCUAGAGGUUUACUUCUGUCUUAAUGAGGAGCACUAAGUAGGUGCAGAAAGUGAGUAGAUGUUACAGAUACUAGAGUCUUAGCAAACAUUAUUUCAGACAGAAGCUUUGGUGAUGUCUCUUCAGAUAUUCACAAACCCAUCUCAGUUAUGGUUCUCUAAGAGGAUAUCAUGCAAAGUAAGACUAAGUCGUGUUCUAGCCACGCCACCGUAUUCAAUCCUCUUGCAGAUGGACGAAAGCAACAACAAUCUUCCCAAGUCCAAGAAGGGUUUUGGUCUGAGUAGUGAAGAUUCAAGAAGCGGUUUGAACAUUCUCCAUGCAGAUUCUAUGCUCAGGCAGGCCAACACGGUGGGUAUCAUCGGUGGCAUUUCAACUGAUUCCACUCUGAACUUCGUUAGGAAACUCGAGGAUUGGAGUUUAAAAGAUGGUAAAAGCUCCUUACCCUUUGUGCUUUGCUCGGAUCCUAUUCUCAACAAGGAGCUUCUCCUAUACGAAGAGAACUCUUAUCCUUCUCUGUACCAUAGAAUAAAGCGUACUCCAGCGGAUCCAAAGCAGAUUGUGGAGAAUCUAAAGAACAAGAGGAGAUCUCUCGAGAGGUGUGGAGCUAAACUAAUCUUGAUGCCUUGUCAUAUUGCGCAUACAUGGUACGAUGAGGUCUGUGAAGGGAGUUCAGUUCCUAUGCUUCACAUGGGUGACUGCAUUGUCAAAGAGCUGCAAGAGGCUAAGAUGAAGCCUCUUGAAGCUGGGAAUCCUCUGCGUGUAGGUGUAAUGGCCUCUAGCGCCACAUUAUCCGCAGGGUUCUACCAGGAGAGACUACAGAGCAAUGGAUUUGAGGCGGUGGUUCCAGAUAAGGCGACAAUGGAGCACACAGUGAUCCCAGCCAUAGAAGCAAUGAAGAGAGAUGACAUGGAAGGAGCAGGGAACCUUUUGAGGAUAGCAUUGCAGGUGCUGUUGGUGCAGGCUGUGAAUGUGGUGUUGCUAGGGUCAGAUGAGAUGAGGGACCUCUUGCCAGGGGAUGAUCCUCUGCUAAAGAAGUGUGUUGAUCCAAUGGAUGCACUUGCUAGGUCGGCCAUCAAAUGGGCAGAGAGUUUAUGAUGAUCUUAAGGAAUGAAUCCAUAAGAUCAUUAUUGUGUGUUUAUAUGUGAAAAGAAAAUAGCUGGUAUAGACCAGUGUGUGUCAAAUAGAAAGAACAUCAUCAGCCAAAAAGUGAAACCAUAGUCUUUUUAUUUGUUGGGGUCCAACACAAGUGUGAACAUGUCUAAAAGCCAAAUAAGUUGAACAUGUGUUGGCUUGGAUACAUUGUGUAAUAUGCCUUAUUAUUACAGAAAAUUAUUAGUUGAAUUAUAAA